AUGUCGAAGCGUCACUCACACUUCGCGAAGGUCCUCAAUAAGUUGAAAACCGAUCCGCUGAGCAUUACUCCCGAGGAUGCCCGGCGUCUGAGCGAGCAGGUCGAAGUCACUGACCGUCGCUCCGCUAAAAUUGUCUCCGCGGUGGAGUCUCUCGCCAUGGCCAGCGAGGACAUUCAGCAGCAGCUGGACCCUCAGACGAACUCGCCACCGAUGGUGCAGGUUCCUAGCCACACUCAACACAAUCUCGUCAACGAUCUCAAGGCGGCUGUUGACAAUCAUCCCGACGACGUGACCGCUGAUCUCCUCAAGGCUACGCAAGAUAUCGUCAGCACGAUGCAGCGUGCAGUUGGUGCAGCCCACGCGCCAAACCCUGAACUGGAGGAUGACCUUCAAAAGGAACUUGCUAGAAUCGGUCCCAAAGUUGAGGCAGGCACUGUCACCAAGGCGGAAGCUGACCGUCUCCACUCCCUCAAAGCUCGUGCUCACGGCCAUACCGAGAAGGGCGGACUUAUAGCUCAGGCUCAGUCAGUCGCCGCGAAGCGCGAGCGUACCCAAUCUCUCAGCGAUUCCACCAACGAUGGCCAGAUCCCCACCGACAGCUCCAACAUUUCGAAGGACCAAUCCCAGUCUCCUGCUACGUCAGACACCUCCGGAAAGUUCGCUGCUCUAUCUUUGGUGGAGAACAAACCGAAGGACUCCCCUGCUCCCAAGGUCGAUUCAGCGCAUCAUAGUCAGAUUCCCGUCCGCCACACCCGCAAGGGUAGCGAGCAGAAGGCGGUUGAGGCCCACUAG